AGUCACAGCUAGUUAGUGUAUGAUGAUUAUUGAACCAUGGAAAAGGCUCUCGCAAGUCGUACCGAGGCAAUUAACGCAACGAUGGCUGAUCACCUUGUGAACAUUGAACGUGAUUGCCUUGGAAACUUAAACAUUUCAUCUAUUUUAUAUUCGGAAGAACAAGUUGUUAUUUUCUCUGCCCUGACGUCCAUUCUCUGCAUUAUUGGCCUUUUCGGCAAUUUAACGGUGAUCGUUGUUAUACGUCGAGAUCGCGUUAUUUACAAACAUCGACAAAAUCUUUACUUACUUUCGCUUGCUGUGGCUGAUGUCUCUCUGGUCGUCCUUGUUGUGCCGUUUUCAAUCACCAAUGAACUUCUUGGUUAUUGGCCGUUUGGUACUGUGUACUGUCGUAUAUAUCUGUCAGUUGACAUUCUACUAUGUACUGCUUCAAUAUGGAACAUCUGCAUGAUAGGACUUGACCGAUAUAUAUCAGUGAAAUAUCCGAUGACCUACAGAAAGUUCCGCACUAUGCCGAAGAUAAGAUUGUUUAUCGUAAGCAUCUGGUUAUUUGCAGCUGUCGUGUCCCUUCUACCAUUUGUCUCGGAGAUCGAAACCAUCAAUAGCGAACGUGGUUGUUUCAUCAAUGCUUCAUCAUGGUACAUCGUGGUUUCUUGUUCACUUUCCUUUUUUAUACCAAGCUGCAUUAUCUGGCCAGUGUACAUCAGGAUUUACAUGAUCGGGAGAGACUUGGAGAUUUCGAAACGCGCGAGGCACAGCUCUAAUCUCGGUGUGGUCAUUGAUCCACGACGCCAAUCAAACGGGAACCAUAUUCAAAUGAACAUGCUGAUUCGACGAAGCGAUCCAAAGCAAGACUCAACAAGCAAGUUUGAAACCAAAGUUCGAAGAUUGUCACGAACAUCAAGAAGUUUGGAAAACUUGAUGACGUUGCUUGUUGUGCCGAAUAGUACCAACAACAGUAGAUCUGUCACAUCAGCUACAACUGAUCAACGUCAAAUGAAUCGUUCACAAAGUUUUACCGAGUGUUUGAACUCUGGCCGGGAAGAUGGUAACCUUCUUUCUUCCGUUGCAUAUGACGUCACCAGUCAGAAAAUCCGACUUAAGUCAAUAAGUUCGUGCGGAGGUAUAAUCAACAGUAAGCCGGAUGGUGCUGUGACGAAAGAGUCGACGGUUUACGUCAGAAAUCCACCCGAUCCGGUGUUUUGUUGCUGCCUUUGUAGCCAAACCGAAGAUAAAAGUAAUCUAAUUUUUUUUCGGCCACUUAAGAAAGAAUCUAUCAACGGUGACGUCACAAAAUCAAACUUUGUGAAACGCCUUCAAAGUUUAUCAUCCGUGACCACUUUGUAUAACAGAAGGAGCAGUUCACAAUCUCAGCAGAGCUCAUGUACCACGGCAAUGUCACGACGUGAAAGACGAUUCGUGUGCAUCAUCAGUAUUAUCACGGGUUGCUUCAUGGCGUGUUGGAUGCCUUUCUUUCUGACGUACAUGAUUUAUGCUGUGUGUCGGGCGUGCUGCAUCAACAACACUUUGUUCAAAGUCUUUUUCUGGCUCGGCUACCUCAAUAGUGCACUCAACCCUGUAUUAUAUACUGCUUUUAACAAAGAUUUUCGGUCAGCAUUUCAGCGGCUUUUCCACUUAAGCGGCAGGCGAACUAUCUGCUAAUCACAACUUUGGACCAAACGAAAGGCCUUUUUAAAAAUCAAUAGAUGAUCGAAGUCAUUCAACCGAAGUUUUGAUGCAAAACAUUCAGCAUAAAUUUAUUUUUUGAUUAUGGUGAAUGGAACUUUUCGCCUAUACUGUUUGUUGUGUUUGUUUUAAAUGUGAAAAAUAGAUUAAAUUUCAGUUUCUCGUA